CCCCUCUACAGGAACCACUCAAAUUCCUGUCACUUCUCUGACUCCCUUCGUCGUGGACAUGGCUCUGCCGCCCUUUUUCGCCCCAGGUCGCCCAGGCCCGCCGCCCCCGCAGCCGCCGCCUCCCGCUCCCUUCGGCUGUCCGCCACCGCCGCUGCCCUCCCCGGCUUUCCCGCCGCCUCUUCCCCAGCGGCCCGGCCCCUUUCCGGGGGCCUCCGCCCCCUUCCUCCAGCCCCCGCUGGCUCUGCAGCCCCGGGCCCCCGGGGAAGCCUCUCGCGGCGGUGGCGGCGGCGGCGUCUACUACCCGGUGCCGCCACCGCCGCUGCCUCCGCCGCCGCCCCAGUGCCGGCCCUUCCCGGGGACUGACGCUGGUGAGCGGCCACGGCCGCCGCCGCCAGGCCCGGGGCCGCCGUGGAGCCCCCGUUGGCCUGAGGCGCCGCCGCCGUCCGACGUACUCGGGGACGCGGCCUUGCAGCGCCUGCGCGACCGGCAGUGGCUAGAGGCGGUGUUCGGAACCCCGCGGCGGGCGGGCUGCCCACUCCCUCCACGCGCGCCCGCCGGGCCCAGCCUGGGCGAAGUGCGCGCGCGGUUGCGCGGGGCUCUGCGCCUGGUGCGACGGCUGCGCGACCUGGGCCAGGCCCUGCGCGAGGCCGAGGCUGACGGCGCGGCCUGGGUACUGUUGCAUGCCCAGGCUGCGCCGUUGCGCGCCGAACUGGCCGAGAGACUACAGCUGCUGACCCAGGCCGCCUAUGUGGGUGAGGCGCGGCGGAGGCUGGAGAGGGUCCGGCGCCGCCGGCUUCGGCUUCGCGAGAGGGCUCGGGAACGCGAGGCCGAGCGGGAGGCGGAGGCCGCGCGAGCAGCGGAGCGCGAGCAGGAGAUUGACCUCUGGAGGGUCAAGUGCGUGCAGGAGGUGGAGGAGAAGAAGCGGGAGCAGGAACUUAAAGCUGCUGCUGAUGGUGUCUUAUCUGAAGUGAGGAAAAAACAAGCAGACACCAAAAGAAUGGUGGACAUUCUUCGGGCCUUGGAGAAAUUGAGGAAACUCAGGAAAGAGGCAGCAGCAAGGAAGGGGGUCUGUCCUCCAGCCUCAGCAGAUGAGACUUUUGAGCAUCAUCUUCAGCGACUAAGAAAACUCAUUAAAAAACGCUCUGAAUUAUACGAAGCUGAAGAGAGAGCCCUCAGAGUUAUGUUGGAAGGAGAACAAGAAGAAGAGAGGAAAAGAGAAUUUGAAAAGAAACAGAGGAAAGAAAAAGAGAAAAUUUUACUUCAGAAGCGUGAAAUUGAGUCCAAGUUAUUUGGGGAUCCACAUGAGUUCCCACUUGCACACCUCCUGCAACCCUUCCGACAGUAUUACCUCCAAGCUGAGCACUCCCUGCCAGCACUCAUCCAGAUAAGGCAUGAUUGGGAUCAGUACCUGGUGCCAUCUGAUCAUCCCAAAGGCAACUCCGUUCCCCAAGGAUGGGUCCUUCCCCCGCUCCCCAGCAACGACAUCUGGGCAACAGCCAUUAAGCUGCAUUAGUAAAGAUGCUCCAGAAGUGUGGUCCGGCCAAGGCUCUUUCCAGCUCUAAAUACUAGUGAUGCCACCAUCUUCUCGUGCUAUAGACUAAACCACAACCUCUAAACUCCAUGUGGCAUUGUUCCACCCAGAAGUUACGUUUUCCUUGAGUGCUCUGUCCUGGCCAGAGAUGCCUCUUGAAUCAGGAGAUUAAUAUGUUUCUUCAGGAAAGGACCUAGGUGAACUGGGGUUAUUACCACAGAAAGUGACCUUGGUUCACCGAAUUUGCCUCUGUUUUGAAGGGGCUUGGUUCAGAGUGACUUGUUAAUUUACUCUUUAACUUCUUGUGUGGUGAUGGGUAAGUACACUGCAUACACUCAACACAAAUGUGCAUUGGGUAGACUUAGCCCUUCCCCCAGUACUGAGUGUGAAGGCAAGCUUUGAUGUAAAACCUCUUUACCCUCCUUACCCAAAGAACCCUCUCACUGCUAGGAGGAAAGGUCAGAAAUGCUUUAUCUAUGGUUUUAUGAAUCCCACUUUUGGUGCAGCUUGAGAGGCUACAGACUGGGCUGCCAGAAAAGCUCAUGGCCUAGUCUGGUAGUCAUGUGGAGAACUUGGAAAACCUGUAUCCAUAUUGGAUCGUGUUUUAAUGGAUAAUGGCUGCAUCUUCCCAUGUUAGAAGGAUCCUAACAAAAACAUGUGUUAUUUAAGUUCCUGAAGAUCUAGUUGUUCAGAAUCCCCAAUGAUAGAAAUUUAUCUUAUCCUCCCUCAGUCACAUUGUAGGGGCUGGUAUAGCUGUGGAAUUUUCUUAGGAACUCAAACUUUCAAAAACACCCAUGUAGUUAAAGCUGGGAGGAAAGCAGAUAAAAAUAAUAAAAUUUAUUUUUUUAUAUUCAUUAAUAAAUGCUAUUGUGCCUGGGAAUGAUCAGUCAUAACAUGUCAGGGUUUUUGUUUUGUUUUGUUUUGCUCUUUGUCAUUUAUUGUGUUAUUUAUAUUUCCGAAAAGCUAAAUAAAUAUCAUUUUUAUUUUUUA